AUACGAUUUGGAAUUGAAUCUUCAUCCUUCUGCUCUGGUGUUUCUCCUGAAUUUCUCCUGUUUGAAGACUCCUCUGACACAGUGGGAGCAGGAUGAGGAAGUUCUCGUCUCUGGAGAUGUUCCUCAGCCUCAUCGUGGUUCUUCUGGUCCUCUGCUCCAUCGGCCUCGCUGUCAUCGGCUUCAUCAGUGUCCAAAAGACAGGAGCAGAUGAGGUCGUGUUCUUGGGGAACAUGAGACUCUCUGGAGGAGCACACUUCUCUGAGGACCUCACAAACUCCUCCUCGCCAUACUUCAAAACUCUGGCCUUCGACGUCCAGCAACUGGUGAGCAAGGCCUAUUCUCUGAGUGACCUCAAGCUCCAGUUCAAGUCCUGCUCCGUGCUCUACUUCAGCAAUGGCAGCGUUGUGGUGACCUUUGACCUGCGCUUCCUACCUCCUAUGAGUGCAGCAGAGGCGGAGCAACAGCUGGGGGCGGGGCUUCAACUUGUUCAGGACUCUGGAUUGGUUAUUGAUCUGAGCAGCAUCGGAGUGACAGACAAAGGAGGUGUUUCGACCACCUCUGUGACCCCUCACACCUCUGUGACCCCUCACACCUCUGUGACCCCUCACACCUCUGUGACCCCUCACACCUCUGUGAGCCCCAGCUCUUCUCCAGCUUCCUGCCCGGAGGGUCACAUGACCUGCUCUGACGGCUCAGGCUGCGUUCUGAUCGAUCGAUUCUGUGACGGACGCGAUGACUGUCCCGAUGGGUCUGAUGAAGACCAGCACACCUGUGCAACGUCAUGUGAUGGUCAGUUCCUGCUCCAGGGCCCCAAUGGCUCCUUCACUUCCUCUGUGGGUGGGAACUACAGCAGUUCCACUUCCUGUCGCUGGAUCCUCAGGGUGGAGCCAGGCCUGUCAAUCAGAGUGGACUUCCUGUUCUUUGAGACGGAGGAGGGAAGGGACUUCCUGCGGCUGUUCGAGGGCGUGGGGGCAGACCGGCAACUCAUUGCUGACCUCUCAGGCUCCACCCCUCCAGGAAGAGUGUGGCUCCUGAGUGACCAAUCAACAGUGGAGUUUGUGUCAGAUGACCUGGGCGAGAGGCAGGGCUUCAGGGCCACAUUCAACGCUGAGAAUUUAACCGACAUCAGCAACGAGCAGAGGCUGAGCUGUUCCUUUGAGGACGGGUGGUGCUUCUGGAGACAAGACCCAGACCAGGACCAGGACUGGAUCAGGACAAGAGGAAACUCCUUUCCCCCUGGGACUGGACCCAGCGUGGACCACACCACAGGAUCCAGCUCAGGGUUUUACGUGUCGACUCCGGUCAGUCCCGGGUCUUGGUUGAAGACUUUCCGGAUCCUGAGUCUUCCUUUGAGACCAUCCUCUGGCAACUCCUGUCUGUCCUUCUGGUACCACAUGUUCGGAACAGACGUCUUUUUUCUCAGAGUCCUGCUCCUCCGGCCGGACGGCUCAAAUCAGCUCCUGUUCCAGAAACGUGGCGACUUCGGGGACACCUGGUACCAAGGCCAAGUCCAGCUCGAAGACUACAGCCACGGACAGGUGGCAUUCGAGGCUCAGAAAAAUGGCGGCAUGUUGAAUGACAUCGCUCUUGAUGACAUUACUUUUACAUCACUGCCUUGUGGCCCCGCCCCUCCAGAGCCCACCAAUGUCCCACCGCCGACCACGCCUGCCCCCCUCCCAGCCGACUGUGGAGGACCCUUCGAUCUCUAUGACAACGGCACUUUCACAUCCCCCAUCUACCCCAAUUACUAUGGCAACAAGGCCAACUGUCUGUGGAGGCUUCACUGUGACUCAGGGAAAAAUCUUCAGCUUCAUUUCGUGGACUUUGACCUGGAGAUGUUCUACGACACUUUGGAGAUCAGAGACGGACCAGACCCGGACUCUACACUGCUGGAUGUGUUCACCGGAAACAAAGGCCCUGCUCAUGACAUCUUCUCUUCGACCAAUCAGAUGUCUCUGUUGUUCCUGACGGACAGCUCAAACUCGGGCAGAGGUUUUAAAGCAAACUUCACCUGUGGGGUCAAUUUGGGGUCACCAGAUCCAUGCUCCUCGGGACAGUUCCAGUGUGUCUCUGGUCUCUGUGUCUCCGCUGAGUCUGAGUGUGACGGACACUUGGACUGUCCAGAUGGGACUGAUGAGGCCCACUGUGUGUUCCUGGACUCGAAGCGUCUUCAGUUUCAGAUUAGCUCCUUAAACUUUUCCGUCUGUUCGUCCGCCUGGAGCCAGCCUCUGUCCGACUUCACCUGCAGAUACCUGGGGCACAGGUCUGGACUGUGGACAUCGGUCACAUCUCGUCCUGAAGAUUCCCCGUUUGUCUCUGUGUCUGUGACUAACAACAGCAUCCACACAAAUAUAGUGGAGAACUGUAAGAGCAUGGUGUCUCUGAGCUGCAGCAACCUCCCCUGUGGAGUCCGACAGGUGAACGCUACGUCUGAGUUUGACCAAUCAGAGCAGAGAGGAGACUCAGACAGCCAAUCAGAGGACUCGGUUUCAGAAAGUGGGAGGAUUGUGGGCGGAGUUGAUGCAGCAAAAGGGGCGUGGCCUUGGAUGGUGUCUCUUCAUUGGUCAGGUCGUCAUGUGUGUGGAGCUUCUCUGAUUGAUGGAGACUGGCUGCUGACCGCUGCCCACUGCGUCUAUGGGAAGAACAUGCAUGUGGAGCGAUGGAGUGCGCUGCUGGGGCUCACCGUCCAAUCACAGUCCUCUGCUCCCGAGGUGCAGUCUCGGCUAAUCAGACGCAUCAUCAUGCACCCGCUGUACGAUCGGCGAAUCAAACGCGCCGACAUCGCUCUAAUGCAGCUGCAGGAGACAGUCAGCUUCAGCGAUUACAUUCAGCCAGUGUGUCUCCCUGAACCAGGACAGGACCCACCCCCCGGGACUCUCUGCCACAUCACUGGCUGGGGACGCCUGGCGAGUGGAGGCCCUCUCCCUGACGUUCUGCAGGAGGCCGUGGUUCCUCUGGUUUCUCAGUCUUUGUGUCAGGAGCAGCUGCCUCAGUACAACAUCUCAGACCUGAUGCUGUGUGCAGGACGGGAACAGGGUGGCACCGACACCUGCCAGGGAGACUCUGGAGGUCCUCUGAUAUUCAUGCAGAGCGGUCACGGGAUUCAGAUCGGUGUGACAUCAUUCGGCGCCGGCUGCGGAGAGCCUCAGAGUCCUGGAGUUUACGCACGAGUCUCUGCGUUCACUUCCUGGAUCGUCCAGACCCGACGGUCGCAUGCCUGAAAAUACAGCUGUGACCAGAGGACUACCAAUCUCACAACUCUGCCCCGAGGACGACAACUCUGCCCAGAGGACUAAAACUCUGCCCAGAGGACUACAACUCUGCCCAGAGGACUACAACUCUGCCCAGAGGACUACAACUCUGCCCCGAGUUGCUCGAGGACUACAAAUCUCAAAGUUCAUUGUAAAUAGUAAAUAUAACCCUACAGUUCCUUAAGGUGGUUUUCAGAUUGCAGACUACUUUACAAAUGUUGAACCUGAUCAUUUCUAUUAAUAAUUUCCAGUAAAAUCACGCUAGAGGUGUUGUACAUGUGUCUCCGUGGUAACUGCUGAACAUCCUGGCACAGAAAUACAAUGCACAUAUUAGUAAACACAGCCAACAAAAGUUGUCUGAAAACUUCAGUGUUUAUGGCCUUGUUUAGGAGUUUGAUUUUGAACAGAAAGGUGAGUGUGUCCAACUGAAAAACUGUUAGCUAAUGCUAGCUAGCUUGUGACUGUGAUGUUAUUUGAGAGGGACUUGUUUAACAGCACAAAUCAGCUCACCUGUUGUAUUUCCAACCACGUCAGCUCUUCUUGGUCAGAUUGUGUUAAAACAAAGCUCAAAUCAAAAUCAAAUGAAGCCUUAGACAGAGCAGUGCCUACAGUUAGCAUCACACCCCCAGAGAAUGUUGAUGACAUCAGCUGCAAAGUAUUAAUUAGUGACUAGACCCAAGAACUCACUGCAUUACAACAUAAAUCUGCAUUAGAACAAUAUAAAUUUUAGCCAAAUAUGACUGGCCCCUGGAAUGUGACGAUGUCAUCUGUGUUAAAUACGAUUGGCCCGUGGAAUGUGAUGAUGUCAUCUGAAAUAUAUCCACAGAUUUAAUCUGAUUUCGUGUGGCCAGGUGCAGAAUGAAUGGUCCAGACACCAGCAGCUCCAAAAAAUAAUGUCCCCUGCAGGUGAUUAGAAUUACUUUUGUUUUGAUUUGGUUUCCUCAAAAGCACUUUCAAAGUCCAUAAGCAAAUGUCAGGAAUCUAAGUAUUCAACUUAUUUCAGGCUUUUCCAGUUUCUUUAUAAUAAUCAAAAGUUUCUCUUUCAAAAAUAAAAUAGUAAUAAUAAAAGACAAAAGGCAAAGGAUACAGCCAACAGCAGUGGACCUAUUCUAUAACAAAACAGAAUAAACACUUCUUAGUUUACUUAGCUUAUUCAAAAUGCAAUAACAAUAAAUGUACAAUAAAAAAAAAAAAUAUAUUGUUUAGUAAAAUUCAACUCAAUUCAAAAUGGCGGACAGUCUGCCCAGAACAACCCUGCACACCGAAGGACCCUGGACAGUGCCAUCUCUCCUCUGAAUUCACCACAAAUGUUCAAAAUUACAAAACAUGCUUAAACAUUCAUAACAUUUGCCUCUGAUUUGUAUGUAACACUAGCUCACGUAGUUUUCACAGGAUGGUCAAUCUGAGCCAAUCCUCGGUUCUACAAAUUAAAUGAACAAUAAUCUUAAGAUAUGACGCUCAUUACAGCAUUGUUUAUCAGUAUCAAAUAUCAUUGUUGUUCUCCAAACCAUUUAAAAGAACAUUUUAACAAUUAAACCACAGUUUUCUGUCUAUAUCUCAAUGAGAGGCAACUUCAAGCGACUACCGCAUCAUUCCUCAUACUACAGUGACACCUACUGGCUAGGGAGAAAAUUGCAACCAAUUAUUGUUAAAAAGUUAUAGUUUUAUAUUAGCAAAGGCAUUUUUUUUUUUUUUUUUUCUAACAUAACUCUUA